GGGUUAAUGUUUUAAGGGUAUUACUUCCUGCCUCACUCAAUUCUCCCUGCCUCACUCAAUUCACGCCGUCACUCCCCCUCUCUUCUCUUCUCUCUUUCUCCGCCACUAGCUGGCCUAAAUCACCCGCUCACGACCAGCCUCAAUUCACCACCAUCAGGCCGCCUGCCUUUUUCCCUCCACCGUGAGCAGCCACCAAGCAAGGCAGGCCCUCUUCCUCCCCACGAACAAUCACGAGCAGCAGUGGGCUGUGUCGCCUGUUCCCAGCUGCGAGCAGGGCUGCGUGUUGCUCUCACAGCAGCCGGCGGCCUCUAGUGCCACCAAAUCCCCACCUUGGUCCUCCUCCACCACAACAACCACCUACAAUCUUACCCUUUUCUAGUUCCUCCAUUGUGCCCAUUUUGUAAGAGGAAAGUAGAGCCUUAGUCGGGUGAUUUUGUGACUUUUGAUCGUGCAGUGACGCUUACAGGUUAAUUGUGCGAAUGGACAAUAUUGUAGAUGCCCUAAAUAAUGCUUAUCAGGAUUUUAUGGUUGCUGCGGCUGGGGUCCUACUAGCAAGAGAAGCAGCAGGAAGUCAGAAAACAAAAGCUACAGAUGUUGCCCUCGAGAACGUGAAACAGCGUUGGGAACUUUUUAGGGUUGCUUGUGAUCAAGCGGAGGAGUUUGUGGAGUCGGUGAAGCAGAGAAUAGGGUCAGAGUGCUUGGUGGAUGAGGCAACUGGUUCAGUGGCUGGAAAGCCUGGUCAGCCUGUUGCUAGUCUUCCUCCCAUAAGUGCUGUUAGGCUAGAACAAAUGAGUAAAGCAGUGAGAUGGCUUGUGAUUGAAUUGCAGCAAGGUUCUGGAAAGAACGGUGGAUCUUCACACCCGAACCCUUCUACUCCUUUUGACGCUAGGUUCUCUGAGGAUACUACUCAAUAGGUUAAGUGUUUCCGACAAAUUUUUGUGCCAUCUUAGUUGAAUAAUGGUGACCCAAUGAGUGCAUUUGUAUCGCAAAUAUAUGAGUUAAUUGUGCAUCGCCUAUACACUUUCAUCAAUA